GAUUUUGAGCAGAAUCCAAGAUGGCGGAAGAUGUUAAUCUCCAAAGCUCUGGGUAUGAUGAAGACUUAUGCGAAAAUCCUUUUUUCAAGUACAUGCAGACCAAACAAAAGCAGUUGUACGAUGAAGUAGCCAGCAAAAGAUGGACGAUAUGUGUUCCAAGGCAAGGAACCUUACCAAGAGGAAGCUUUACCAUGAAUCAUGUUGAAAAUCAUGUUCUGCAACCCAUAGAGGGGAAAUCCUUGGCAUUUAGAACUUUAAAUAACAAGGAAGUGCAACUCAGUGGGGAGUUUAUAGUCACUACUGAAGGUUUUCAGGAUGUGAAAUCAGUGCAGGUCCUCUUUGAAGAAACAUUUUUUAAUAGCAACAGUCAGAGCUUCCCAGUGCUGUGUAUUGACCAGCCAUUAGAAGGAGGCAUAGGGGGUAGUUUGGAGCCAGCUGUGACAUCACUGGAGUCGUUACAAGGAUGUUAUGAUUUCCUUUGGAAUAGUGCAGGUAACAAACAAUCUCAGAAACUGAUUGACAAUAUCUUAGUAUUGUUUAACUCAACUUAUGAGCAACUUGAAGGAGAGUCUUUACGGCAUUUAAUGGAUGCAGCUCAUGCAAUUUACACAAGAGCUAUGCAAGCAGCACUCAAGAACAGCCAUAUUAGAAAACUUGCUCAACAUAAUACCAUUUACAUGGACAAUGUCAAACUUGCAAUUGAGACAUAUGUGAUGAAUCAACUGCAUGACCAGCUCUUUAAAGGAAUCAGCUCCAUAAUUGGAAAGGAGGAUGCUGUAUUGAACAAAACUACUCGAAACUUGGCAGAAAUUCAAAUCAAAGACCUGGGGGUAAAGGAGCAGUUGCGCACCAACCUACCUAGGGGAAAAAGAGCUCUUUCAUUUCUGAACAGGUACAAAACUCCAUUGGAAAAGUUCCACUGUUUGAAGAAAACAGUUACCAUAGUGACUGAUAGAAAGAUGAAGACUCCAGAUGAUACUGCCGAUGCCAUCACAGUGGACGAUCUUCUUCCAGCUCUGAUCUUUUUAAUCAUCAAAUCAGAUAUUCCAAAUUGGCUUGCCAACAUUACCUAUCUGCAUAACUUUCAUUUCUCCAAGCGUGGACAUAAUGAAUUCCAGUUCUUUUUGUCUUCAAUUGAAGCUGCAGUGGAGCACAUCAGAAGAGGUUCUGUUAAUGAUAUUUUAAAAGGUCUUCCACCCGCCAAGAAGUUGUCAUCCUCUUGGCUUGUUAUGGAGACUGAUGGAGCACUCAAAACCACUGCUCUGGAGAAGCUUUUUGAGUUUGCUUCAAAUGGAAAUGAAGAAGAAGUGGAAAAAUUGUUAGCGACUGGAAGUGACCUUGGUUCUCCUGGAGAGAAGUUCUGUCAUCCCUUGUGUUUUUGCGACAAAUGUGAACAGUUACACAACAGGAAACGCCAUGAUCCGUUUGCUGUGACAGUGUUCUCAAGAGACGACCUUGGACGAACUGUCCUGCAUGUGGCAGCUGAAUAUGGUCAUUCUAGCUUGAUGUACAGACUGAUUAAGAGAGGAGCUGUAGUGAAUGCUAUGGACUAUCACGGCACAACAGCCUUACAUCUGGCUUGUCAGCGAGGGCACGGCAGUGCUGCAUUGGUGCUGAUGCAUUACAAGGCUGAUAUCAAUGCACCAGAUAACGAUGGAAAUACACCGUUACACUUAAGCACCGCUAAUGGACAUGAAAAGUGCACAAAGGCACUGGUGUUUUUUGAUAUGCAAGUCAAUGUGAUGAAGAUAAACGCGGCCAACGAGCAAGGCGACACACCACUUCACUUAGCUUCUCGCUGGGGUUAUGCUGAGCUGGUUCGUCUUUUAUUGGAGAAAGGCGCUUCCCUGGAAGCUCGAAACAAAGACAAGGCAACUCCACUGGACAGCUCUCACAACAAACAGGUGACUGAAAUACUCCUUGAAGCUAUUGCAGCAGCCAGUGAAGAACAAGAGCAGGCACCAAUACCUUAUUCUGAGCGCAGAUCCCAGUUGGUCGUGGAAAGUCCACUAAUUCAGUCUGAUGAAUUUCCAAAUAUUGUUUCACAGGAUCAAGAAAGAACCAGGGAGAUUGACCGAUUCAUUCGUACAAUUGCUGACGGCGAUGUAGAAUUGGUUCGAUAUAAACUCGGUCUGAGUGACGACGAAGAAGACGAGAUAGAUUCACCCGAUCAGCCUCGCUCGGACCAAGACCUCUGUCAUCCGUUAUGCCAGUGUGAAAAAUGCAUCAAGUGGCAGAAGAGAUCGCGAGAAGCAGCAGAGAAGAUCAUUCAUCCUAAUGUUAGGAAUGGCGAGGGAAAUACGCCGCUUCAUAUCGCGGCCGUCAGAGGAUACGAAGAGAUGACAAACCUGUUGUUACGGAGAGGAGCUCAGACAGAUGCCAAGAAUUACACUCAGAUGCGAGCACCUCUGCAUUUUGCUUGUCAGUACAAUCAUCCAAGGGUGGCCGGCCUUCUGCUAAGUCACCAAGCUAAAGUUAACAUCAAGGACUACAAAGGCAACACUCCCCUGCAUCUGUGCUGUUUUACUGGACACCUGGAUCCUGCCAACGUCCUUAUAGGGCAUGGAGCCAACGUUGAUGUUACAAAUGACCGUGGAAACACUCCUUUGCACGAAGCAGCCAGGUUCAACUUUGUCAAACUUGUUAUUUUACUGCUUGAGAAUGGCGCAUCGGUGACAAUGAGGAAUCAGCGAGAGCUUACACCAUUACAGUAUGCUCAUCGUGAUGAAGUCAUACGUGCUCUGGAUCAAGCGGCAGGCAUCAGCUUCAAUACUCGGACAAAGCGCCUGAGUUACAGCCAUUACAGCGCGCAAAAGCCAGGUGACAAAGACCCAAACCUCUCUCUACCAAAGAAUCGAGCAAACUCAAUUCCAGCCUACGUCGGCUCGAACGCUGUGACGAAACAGCCAAUUCCCGUGGCCAGUUCUUCUGGUCCUACUUCGACCGUGUCACACACAAAUGACCCUGGUGACGGGUCUCUUCCGCCACACGAGAGAUUGAACAAACUGUUUGAACGAUUGGAAGUAGGCGAUAUUGAACGGUUACAAGACAUCAGCAAAGCUGUGAAGUCUUUUGAUAGACGGACAUCAUUAAGAAGGACUGAAACGAUUGAUAAAAGUUCUCCAGUCAUUGAUCUGCACCUUAGACAUCAGCUUUCCAUUCAUCAUUUCAACCGCGCGACCCUCCGUAAAGUCCAAACACGUGAUCACAGUCAGCCAAUGGUCGAGGAGGACAAAGAUUACGAGGGUGACGUGAGCAGCGAAGAUGACAAGGACGAUGCCAUCACGUGAUAGUAACGAGUCUAACGCAAGUGACCCUCAGGGGAGCCAUGUGAUGUCAGCAUCAAGAAAUGGCGAAAAGUCGCACUUAUCCUUAAUCCUGGAUUCUGUGGCUUGAUAAAUGGUGUGCAUUUGAAGUGUGCAUUUGUAGUUCUGUUGGUCGAUGUACGUCGUCAACGGCUUUGUGGACACGAGUACCAAAUAAUUAAUGAACAUAUUUCUCUUUCCGAGAAACCAAAGGAAAUUUCUCUUGGACAGUAUGGAGUAUUAUGGGUCGCCGCUGUUUGAAACAAGUGCGACUAGUUGAUUAAAAUGCGUUCAAAGAACGCAUCAAUUAUUAUAAAGCUUAUUGUUUACGUGUUAAUUGUGUUUACUGAAAUGGUGUUGUUUUUUUGUUGCUAGUUGUUUUUUUUUCCGCAGAGUUUUCGGAUAUCCGUAAUUUUGAUUGAUUUGCGGUUUUAUUUGCGUGUUUCUUCAUGUUGAAAUCUAAAAUAAAAAAGCAUUUUAUGCUA